UGUGAAGUAGGGUUUGCAACUUUUGAGCGCUUCAGCGUUGCACAACUUACAAAACCCUAGGCACGCCUCUCAUCCGUCUCCAAACGCAGAGGGAGAACAAGAGAGAGAAAGAGCGCGCGAGGGCAGGGCUAUUGAUCGCUGUCGAAAAUGGUGACGUACAAGUUUCAUCAGUACCAGGUGGUGGGGAGAGGUCUGCCGACGGAAUCAGAUGAGCACCCGAAGAUCUACCGGAUGAAACUCUGGGCCACCAAUGAAGUCCGCGCCAAGUCCAAAUUCUGGUACUUUUUGAGGAAACUGAAGAAGGUAAAAAAGAGCAAUGGCCAAAUUCUUGCUAUAAAUGAGAUUUUUGAGAAGAACCCAACCACUAUCAAGAACUAUGGAAUCUGGCUGAGAUACCAAAGUAGAACUGGUUAUCACAACAUGUACAAGGAGUACAGAGAUACCACUUUGAAUGGUGGUGUUGAGCAGAUGUACACUGAGAUGGCAUCCCGUCACAGGGUCCGUCAUCACUGCAUCCAAAUUAUCAAGACAGCCACUGUCCCAGCCAAGCUUUGCAAGAGGGAGAGCACUAAGCAAUUCCAUGACUCCAAAAUCAAGUUCCCAUUAGUGUUCAGGAAGGUCCGACCUCCAACGAGGAAGCUCAAGACCACAUACAAGGCAUCACGGCCCAACUUGUUUAUGUAAACUUGUUUGGCCUUCACCAGAUGCAAAAGUACCAAACAUCUCUGAGUACCCAAAAGAGCAAAUUGUUUUCAGUUUUGUUGAAUUCGUACUUCGUUAUUUUUGCUUGCCUUUGAUAGACUUCUGGCAUAGAUUAUUUCCUGGUAUGUUGAAUGGUUAUGACCUCUUGUUUUCAGACAGUAACAUCUGCUUUAAUCUUUCAUUUCAUCUA